UUCCCUCUUCAGCCAGCGGCAGCUCUCCAUUUCACUUCUAAGUUCCGGCGUUCCGCUGCCGACCGGAGUAUCCGAGCUGCCUUUCCUCGUUGUAGCAUUCACAUCCCAGAAUCAACGCUAGUUGUUAUAUCACAGAGGGAUGCUGGGAGUCAGAGCGAGAGAGGGGAAUGGCGAGAGAUACUCUGAUUCAGAUUCAGAUGAUGAGUUUAUUGAAUUCCUCAUCAGAAAACACAAGGUACCUCGUACAUUUCCUUCUCGAAAUUUUACAUCCCUCAUUAUAGGGGAACAGAUCUCUGAAGAAGCAGGAGGACAUGCACAGAGUGAAGAAGCGGAAGGAGAACUAGAACAUCAUCAAAGUGAAGAGGAAGUAGAAGAAGACCAACAAAGUGAAGAAGAAGAUGAUGAUGACAUGAAUGUAGACGAAGAACCCAAUAAUCGACCAUCUAAUGCGGGAGACCAAGAGGGUCAUAGUUCGACUUCAGCUAGCAGGGAAGGCUCUAAUAUUAUGAUAACUUUAACUGACCCAGGACUGCUAGAUUGCCCAAUUUGCUGUGAACCCUUGACCAUCCCUGUCUUCCAGUGUGAUCAGAAUGGGCAUAUAGCUUGUUCCUUGUGCUGCACCAAAAUCAAUAACAAAUGCCCCUCUUGUUCCUGCCCCAUUGGCUUUAAUCGUUGCCGAGCCAUCGAGAAAGUUGUGGAAUCAAGUACAUGUCCUUGCCGAAAUAUCAAGUAUGGCUGCAAUAUUCCAGUGACUUACAACAAGAAGAAUGAACAUGAAAAGACAUGUGUAUGUUCACCUUGUUCAUGCCCUUAUUUAGGCUGCAAGUUUGUUUCCUCAGCCAAGGAGUUAUAUCAGCACUUCAGUAAUGAUCACUUGGAUUCGGCAACAGGCCUCCUGUAUGACAACUUUGACCUCAAUUUCAGUUUCCCAAUUACAUUGAAAAAGAAUGACAGCUUUCUUGUUGCUCGAGAAAAGCUUGGUGGUACAUUAUUUAUCCUCCACAAUCGUGUUGAAGUUCUGGGAAAUGUUGUGACGAUCAGCUGUAUUCAACCCAGCUUCAUGGAGGAUUUCAACUAUGAUCUUCUUGUUACUAACAAGGAAAGUUGUCUGAAAUUUCGGUCUGUGACAAAAAGCACUCCAAGCCUGCAGGUUGAUGGCCCUUCUUCAACAAGUUUUCUUUUAAUCCCAUGUGAGUUUUUUAACUCUUGUGGUCGGGUCAAGAUUGAUGUUUCCAUACGGCGCAAAUGGUGAAUGACCUGCAUCCGGUGAGAGGGCAUCAAAUUUAAUUCAAGGAAGCACGAUUUCUCCGAAUGGUUUUUGAGGUUGAAAAUGUGUAGUGCAAUGGUCAUAUAUACUGGAAUCAAUUCAGUCAACUUAUGGAUGUGCCUCUGUAUCAUGUUCAUAUGUCCUUGGUCUUCAUGAUACUGAAAAUUUGGGUUUUGGCCAAACCUCUUACAGUAGGUGUCACAAAGAGAAAAAAAAUGAAGAAUCAAAACAGAGGUAUUUUAGAAUACCUCAUCUUUGAGAAUAUAUAUGUGUAUAUAUGUGUGCCAGUCGAACCUUGCAUCUAGUGGAGAUUGAAAAUGACUCAAUACCACUAGGCUACAAAGAAGACAGCAGCAUAAUCCCUCUUGUUAAAUCCUUAUUAAAAACUUCUGUUAGUUAUUUUUUUUUACCAAAAAACAUUUUAAGGUGAGGGCAUGAUGCAUCAUGUUAAGAAAUGCUACUUUAGGCGUUACAUUCCUAAUUCCU